AUGAGUGCGGAAGAUCAAAACCACACCUUGAACCAAACAAAGCGAAAGCAGAUUGGCUCACAGCCGGAUGCCUGGGAUAACUCUCUCAAUCACUACAACACAUCGGACUUGGAACCCGGUUGUUCUCUAACACCGUCGUUGAAACGGCAGAUCAGUCUUAUGACUCAAAUUGGAAGCCCUGCACAGUUUUCGCCUGAUGGUGUUGGCGCUUAUCGAAACUCCGCACUGCGUACAUUGAGUAACCUCUUCAUUGAUACGGCUGUUCGUCGAAGGCGACCCAUCACCAAUGGACUUGGAGUGCCCACUUCGGAAUCCGUCAUUGCCAAAUUACCCGCUGGAAUCAUUGUCUCCUCACCUGUUCUGGAAGACGAUGCUUCCAUUACAGUGAGUCGACAGAGUCCAUGUAAUGCCCUUAGGCCUCGAAAUCUAGGUCGUAGAGGCCCUGUAAAGGAAACCAUUGCCAACAUUGACGGUAAAAAACUGCUUUUUCACGGUGGUCCUAUUUCGUCACCUUGUCGCUGCCAACAUUUUAUGCCAGGAAAGGACACCUCUCAGCCUGACGAUUUUAAAUGCCAAAGCUGUAUUGAACUUCAUAAUUUACAACCAGGAGCGUCUGCAAUUCACCAUUCAGACGAACGUCGUUUUUUCUUUCCAUCGACUUCUAACUCACAGCUGUCCAAAUGUCCUGAUCGACUGGAUGAAUUUGCUGAAAUUGAAAGAGAUUUUGAGGUUGAACAGACUGAGGGUGCAGGUGAUUUGGCGGCAAUUGAUGCAUUACUCUCGUCAUGCGUGGAGCCAAAAGUGUCAACCGUGUUCAGAGCCUCCCGGCUAUCCAUGCUACGCCCGCCUCCCUUAAACCUCCCCUCUGCAUUCAACUUCACUGCUGAGAUGAAUCAGGACCACAGUCCCAGUGCCAGGAAGACACCCCUGACCCCAGACAGUCGGUUUAAUCAGGUAGCCGAAUCGACGCAAGCACACGAUCGCAGUGCAGACGCACAGUCAGAAGGGAGCUCUCCUUACUUUAUCCGCCCUCGUGCCAACCAUAAUGAUACGUCUUCCACACCGGUUUCACCAUUUACACCGUUGGUUUUAUCAAAACCCUACCGCUCUGCUGUCACUGGGUCUAUGAACAGACGAAGACUAAUGUGGCGACUCGGUGCCUUUAAUAAUUUUCUUCAGAGAUCCAAGCAGACAGAGGAAAUAUACCGCCAAGUGGAUAACCUGUCGGAUUACCGACCUUACUUCACUUACAUGCUCUGCUUCAUCCACGUGUUGGUGAUGGUGUUCGCCUGUAGCGGCUACGGUUUUGCACCCAUUGGAAUUAACUUGGAGCGCCUAGUCACCAAGCAAUUAAUGAUGCCCUCCCUCGACACUGAGAAUGUGUGCAGGAUUCAGGACGAAAACAUUUGGAUCGGGCCUCAACAGGCCGACCUUAUCCGCAUGGGCGCUCGCUUCUCACCCUGUAUGCGUUUUGACGAGACUCUGAACAAGGUUGUUGUAGAGGCACAGAAGAAUUGGGACCGAAGGAGCGGUUGCUGUAUCCGCAGUGAGGAUGGCAUCUGUUACCAAACGAGUCGUCUCUUUUGUUCCAGAAGCACGUCAACGUGGUUGCACUACUCGGAGGCUAACGGAUCGCCCGUCGCCCAGGCCAUUUUCGACCCCAAGAUUCGGGGCGCCUUCAGAGAUGGCCUGCUGCCAUAUCCUUCCUCACUCCCUAGCCGAGUCCCCAUCGGACCCGUCUGCGGUCUGGAUCCUGAGUUUUGCGCCGAGCCCCGAUCAACUGGACCGUUCGCGUGGUCCCAGCAUGAUGUCACCGAAUGGCCCAUUUGCACGCGACCAAUUAACACUUCGUCGCUUGCGGGCUUCGCGCCCCACAUGGAGUGCGAGGUGGUCGCCAGACCCUGUUGUGUUGGGCUCAAGGGCGAGUGCAUCAUCACCACCCUGGAGCACUGCAGCUUCCUUCGCGGACGCUUCCACUCCGAGGCACGACUCUGCUCCCAGGUGCGCUGUUUGCAGGAGGUCUGUGGGAUGGUGCCGUUCUUCUUCCCGGACACGCCAGAUCAAAUUUCUAGAAUCGUCACGUCGCUUUUCUUGCACGCGGGGAUUUUGCAUUUGGUGCUCAGCUUGCUUAUUCAAAUGACCAUAAUGCGUCACUUGGAGAAGCUGCUUGGUUGCGUGCGGAUCGCCGUCAUAUUCCUACUAUCAGGGUGUCUCUCAGGCCUGGUUUCUGGAAUAAUGUUGCCGUACCAUGUUCACACCGGACCCAAUGGAGCUCAUUUCGCCUUGUUUGGUGUCAGUUUGAUGGAUUCCUUGCAAACACUCGACGUAUUUGUUUCGCCGUGGUCGGUUAUUUUGAAGCAGGCAGUCCUCGUAGUCUUUGGUUUUUUCAUUGGCUUCCUACCCUGGCUCGAUAACUACGCACACAUCUCUGGUUUCAUAUCUGGCGUUCUCCUUGCCUACGUGUUUGUCCCCUAUCUUGGCUACGGCAGCAAAAACCGACUCACCAUGAUGCGCAUCUCGACCCUGAGCCACCAGGCAACAGUCGGGGACUCGGACCAGGAGGUCUUUCAGUGGAAACUCGAAGAGCUUUUCGGCCGCAUGCAACGGCGAAAGGUCACGGUCAUCGUUGGCUGUCUGUUUUCGUGGCUCCUGCUUUUCCUCCUUCUUCUCACUGUUUUUAUCAAGUGGCCACUCACUAACUGCACUUGGUGUAAAUAUUUCAAUUGCCUUCCCUUCACCACCACGCUGUGUGACACACUCGAGGUCAACGUGCACGCGCCAACACGAUGCAUCAACCCUCGCACCUGA